CUAAACACAUUCAAACGACCUCGUUUUGAUCCUUUUAACCAACAACACAAGAGCCUUGGAAGCGCAUUUGUCUUGGAAAAAAGACUUGUUUUUCACUUCUUGGUUGGUAAUUAAAAUCUGAUGGGCAGUUUCUGACUUUGUGAUCAGUUACUUCCUUCUCCCGAUAUCUACUAAACCAAAACUUCUUUUGCAAGGGAAAAAAAGAAAGCAAAGCCAUUGUGUUGGAGAAGCCAAAGCAAUUCUAAUUUGCAGCGUAUGGUGUAAUUUCUUGCAAAUCUGUAGCCUUUUGUUGCAUCCCAAAGGACCCUCUAAGGCAAGAGUCUGAAAUCUUCGGUGGGAGAGAGAAUUUGCAUUUAUGGGCAUGCUAUUUUCUAUCAACUUGGCACUUGGGUGUGAUUUGGAUGUUGGAUUUUAUUACUCUCUUUCCAUAUUAGAAUUUGCGUCAAAUAAGUUUCACGUGUCUUCCUCGAGACCACAGCAUUUGAGUUAAUGCUUUUCUGGGUUGUGAAGCUUAUAUAUAUGGUUGCUGUUUGGGUUCUGACUUGUUCGUGAAUACGUUGGUUGUCUUGUUUGACUGUGGACAGUUCUCAAGAAAGAGUCAGAGAGGAUUCUUCUAAUCUAUCGGGUCUUGCUCUGAGGAUCAAAUUUUGAUCGGCCUGUAACAACCAGAACUAAAUUUGUUCACUUCUACAAACAAUCAAGUGUGCCAUGGCUGAAAGUGGCAAGUGUUCUGCAAUGUCUGAAACUGAUAUUACAGCCAUAAAAGAUACUCUUCAAGCUCAACAACAACUCCUGCAAAAACUGUACAUUGAGUUGGAUGAAGAAAGAGAAGCCUCAUCUACCGCAGCUAGUGAAGCUCUAUCCAUGAUCCUACGUUUGCAAGGAGAGAAGGCUGCUGUACAGAUGGAAGCAAGUCAAUAUAAGAGACUAGCGGAGGAAAGGAUGUCUUACGUCGAGAACUCUCUUUCAGUAUUUGAAGAUGUUAUCAAUCAGAAAGAAAUGGAAAUUGCUUCUCUCGAGUUUCAAGUUCAGGCUCACCGGUGGAAACUUCUUAGCAUGGGUUGUGGUGAUUUGGGUGCCUAUGAAAGUAGAUUUCCAGAGCAUCCAUUUUUGCAAAGAAAUGAUUUAUGCAAGUUGGAAAUAGGUGCUAAUACCAUUGUACGAAGAUUGAACUCUCUGCCUCCAAUUCAACUCAAAGAUUCCUACCAGAAACAAAGUAAUUUGGAAAGAGAAAUAUCUGGAAUCCCCCCGUCAGAUUCAAUUCCAAAGAUAGUGAAACUAAAAGCAGACCAAGAAUUUAAUGUUCAAAACUUGGAUUUAGAGAAGAAAGCAGGAAACUAUGCUAGUGGAACCUUUGAUUCAUACUGGGAGCAGAUCAGAAAGUUAGAUGAACGAGUGAGAGAGGUAUCUGAUUGUAAAGGUUCUGGUAGAGAUAAUUCUGCAAGCUUGAAGAGUGAGUCCAUGCCUUGUUCUUUACUUCCACAAGUAAGCAUUGACAAAUUAUGUGACCAAACAAGUGUAGAAAGUGUUACUAAUCUGGAGCAAGUUAAACUUCACGAACAUAGACAGGAAAGGGAGGCAAUUGUUAAUUAUCCUUGCUCCUCAAGUGUCCAGGAUAUUCUUGAAGUCCCCCAAAGUAAUAAGAAAUGCAAAGUGCAUGACUACCAGGAAGAACGGAGUAAGUUGAUAUUGGAAGGUGAGAACAGGCUAGGAAAGCCAGAUUUGGUCUCUGAGGAUCCCUGUGCAUUGAAUAUUAAAGAUGAAAUAGAAUGGACAAAGAAAUUGUUGCAUUGUGAAAACCAUGAUAAUAAAUUAAUUAAAGCAAGAAAUAGAGCGGGUGAUGACUGCAAUGCGUCUUGUUUUCCCCCAAGAAUGGGUGUUUCUGAAUCUCAAGCCAAUUUUCAACAGUUGUGUCAGAGAAUUGAGCGACUUGAGGGAGAUAGACAUUAUUUCAGGAACGAAAUUAGAGAGGCUGGAGAAGAAGAAGGGUUGAAGUUGUUGAAGGAGAUACAUGAGCAACUUAAUAUGAUACAGACUGAGGUGAGAAGUUGGAGAACUAAGAAAUCCCCUCCACAAGAUGAGCAGCCUCUACUUUCUCUUACUGAGGUAUGGCUCUCUUUCUUGUUUCUUUUUUCAUUUUUGUUAUUUAUUUUACUCAUCUCUUGUGUUUGCUAUUCUCAUCUUGGAUAUCAGAGAAACUAUGCUCAUGCAUAUAAAAGUUUGAUAACAUGAACAAUUUUAAUGUACAGGCAAUGCUACACUUUUGGAUUUAAGAAUUCAUUUGGCCACAAUCUCAGAUGAAAACCAUGAACUUUCACACAUCAUUGCAGAUAUGCUCGGCAUGAAGUUUAAGUAAAGGGUAUCUUUGAUCUUUCCAAUGAAUGGUGUGCACAAACAGUUUUAGGUUUUUAGAUUGGAUUUCAAUGUCUUGCAUACAAAAAGUAGAUGAUAAGAGAUUUGCAUACUGUACAUUACAAUUACAUUAGGCAAUGAGUGGCUAUCACAGCAUGCUUUUGUGAACAUGUUUUUCUUCUAAACUUGAGAUAGAGGCUGUGAGUAACAUACAAAGCGUGUUUUCUUGGAGAGUGCUUUGUUUUUCAACAAGGAUACUGUGUUUUCCUUUUCAUAUCAAUGCAAAUAGGGCAUGUUGUGCAUCACCAAAUGAAAUCUUUCCUCAUUUUUAUGUUUAGUACCUAUUUGUUCAUAAAUCCUGAAUUAAAAGAAGUCAACAGAUAUGCAUUGCAGUUCUUGAUAUACCAACAUAUGCAUUGAAAACUUCAUUGUUUUUUGUGUUCUAAUCCAAUCUUCUUCAUAAUGUGCAAAUCACCUCUUGCUUAGCAAUGGAGAUGAGUCACUCUGUAAUCAUCCGAUGAAGCUAAUACGUGCACUACAACAAUGAUAUUCUCUCAAAUUAAAAUUAAAUCAGUCCCUUAAUUAUUUGAUCAGUUUAUAAAAAUUAUUUUCUCGAGCUAUCACACUACUACAUCUUCCUUACAUUCACAAUAUCGUGUGAUUCUGGGUCCUGUGGAUGGCAAGUGUCAAGGGGAAUUAAUUAAGGAUUGUAGCAAGGAUUAAAUAUUAGAAAUAUAUUUUGAUUGUGGAUCUGAGCCGGAGAGGGAAGGAACACAAAAUUCUCAAAAUCCAGAGGCGAGGCGAUGUACUGCAGGCUGGCUGAUAAAGAGGUAGAUGCAGAUGCAAAUACUUGAAGCAAAGCAUUUCUACGAGCUCAUUAAGAUGCAGGUCAUUUCUUUUGUUCCCAAGAAUUUCAUGUAAACACAUCUUUGCUCACUAUGUUUGAUUUCAACAAGAACAGUUUCUAUAACCUAGGCAUCGCACAGUCCAUUGCAAAUGAUUGGACCCGUUUGGAUAGAUAAAAAGGCAGCAGCACCGUGGUGUUCCCAAAAGUUAUCGCUGUUGGCACAACCACAGAAAGGCGGGAGGGACUCCCAGCUACUCUUGAGAAAGAGAUCACAUCUGCGGCCAUAUUUGUUGAGACCUUUGGUGG